CACUAUCACUAGUGUCGGGAAUCGGGCUGCGACAGGGUGGUAUCAGAGCAGGUCAUCUGCUCUGAGUCUAUUGCUUGACUGAGUUGAACCUUUGAUUACUGAUAUCUUUUAAAUUGUGUACUAGUCUAAUUUGAAUUCUUAGGCUAGUUUGAGAGAGUCAGUUUGAAACGAAACCCCAGCACCCCAUCUCCUCCGGCUUAACGAGGUAAGAGGUUGAUGUUGUUUCUUAUUGCUUUUCUGUUAAAAGCUGAGUUUGGGUUACUAAUGAGUUAUGAAUUGUUUUGAUGACGGAAUUAUUUGAGAUGAUGGAAUCUGAUAUGAGGCAGUUGAUGUGGAAUAUGAGGAGGAAUGUUGAGGCUAGUAUAGCCGAUGCCCCACCGUACCAAACGAGGACGAGAUGCCGAGUCAUAUUGAGACAGCGAUGCAGCGAUGGUUCAGGGAGUAUAUCCCGGACGAGGAUGACACCUUGGGUGAACUUCUAGCACACUAUCACCGACGAUGGAGGAGGGCUAUUCCCUAUGGGAUCGAUGGCGCAGAGGCCAUUACGCUUUUGAUUCCACUACUGCCACCUUUGUGGCGAGACUGGGCGACAUCUUUAGUGCCCCAGUACGUAGAUACUACCUGGUUGGAGGGCAUCAGGUACGGAGACCUUAGUGGCUUCAUCGCGACGCUGAGCCACCGUUACUUUGCUUAUGGCGAUCCGCCUUCACCGCCGUAUGGAGAGCUUGAGAGACCAGCCCAGGGAAGGGAGCUAGUUGUUGUACCUCCACCUCUCGAGGAGCCGAUUCUGAUGGCACCUCUACCCCCAGCUGAUCCGAUUUCAGUUUCUCUCGAGUCUGAUGAUCCAGAGCCGAUGGUUUUCGAGCCGUACUCACCUGGGAUUGAGCGUGAUCCGUUUGCGUUUGUAUCACUUAUUCCUUCUCCCAGUGCUGAUUUCCCGCCUUGGGAUUUGACACCGGCGACGACACCGUUGCCAUUGCCACCUGUUGAGUCGACACAGCCGAUUGAUUCUACUGAGUCUGAGACGCAGCAUGUUCCUUCCGAUCCAUAUCCGAGGGUUGCCCCGCUGCCUGAGCUUGGCACUUUGGCCUUCCAGACGUACAUGCACCCGAUUUUAUAUUCACCGUACCGAGACGCUCAGGAGGGAGGAUCUCGGCCGGCACGCUCCGAUAGUGAUGAGGAGGACCCCGAGGAGGAGACUCCAGAGAUGACGGUCGGCUAUGGUUGGACUCAGCCACUGCAGCGUCAGACUACUGCCGAUGGAGUUGAUACGUGGAUACCUAUUCCUGAGACACCUGUCUAUACUCCGAUAGUGGAUGAGUCAGAUUAUGACAGCCCGUAUUGAUUGAGGCGACGAGCUGGAUCUCGAGAGAUGAUGCCUAGUGAUUACGUAUGUCUUGUAGACGCGUAUAUAUGUAUAGGUGCAUAGUUGUUAUAUAUAUAUAUAGGUAGAGAAGCAUAGUAUAGUGUGUAU